UUCACAAUUGCCUUUCCUGGCCCAGCCUGGCCAAGUUCCACUUCCUCGAGCCUUUGCUUUCUCUUCCUUUCCUUCUUCUUCCCUCGAGCCUUGAAGGGCCAUGGCGGAUAAAAAGCUGUCGGAGGUGAGGGUGCAGUUUGUGGCCGGGGUCAACAAAGCGGUGGUGGCCCAGAUGGUGGACGACCUGCUGUGCGAGGGGGUCCUGAAUGAUGAGGAGGCCGACGAGGUGAAGGAGAACCCCAAGAAGCAGGACCAGGCCCGGGUGCUGCUGGACCACGCCCGCAGGAAGGGUCACCGAGCCAGCCAGGCCUUCAUCCAAAGCCUGUGCACACGAGACGUCUUCCUGGCUGAGCGCCUGGACCUCACUAACACCCAACCCUCAGGACAACCGGAGCCCCAAAGAAGCACAGAGGCCAAAGCCAUGUGUGUACCGGAGUCCAGGAAUGGGAUGACCCUUUGCCCACCGGACCUGUGUCGGGAGAUCCAGGCCAAGGAAGCUGGAGAGAUCUAUCCUCUUGGGGACCGAGGGACCCGGACCCGCCUGGCGCUGAUCAUCUGCAACAUCACGUUUGCCCACCUCGACAAGCGAGUAGGAGCCGAGGUGGACCGGAAGGAGAUGACCCUCCUCCUCGAAGACCUGGGAUACCGAGUCGAGACCAAGACCGACUUGACCGCAAAGGACAUGGCUGCCUGCUUGAGGGACUUUGCGGCCCGGGAGGAGCACAAGGCCUCAGACAGCACCUUCCUGGUUCUGAUGUCCCAUGGCGUCCGGGAUGGGCUUUGCGGCAUCCAGAGCUGUGACAAGGACUCCGAUAUCCUCCCCAUCAAUGAGGUCUUCUCCAUCUUUAACAACAAUAACUGUCCCGCUCUGUACAAGAAGCCCAAGGUGGUCAUCAUCCAGGCCUGCCGUGGAACUAACAAAGGCAUCACUUACGUGAGUGAUUCAAUGGUGCCAGUGGCUCCGACCAAUAAUUUGACCUUGCCUGGAAAUUACGAAGAGGAUGCCAUUCAGAAGGCCCACAUAGAGAGUGACUUCAUCUGCUUGUAUUCCACCACUCCUGACAAUGUCUCCUGGAGGAGUCCAGAGCGGGGCUCUGUCUUCAUUGUGGAGCUGAUAAAGCAAAUCAAGGCACACGCCUGGAACUGCAACUUGGAGGACAUCUUCCGGAAGGUCCUGCAGGCCUUUGCCAACAAUCCUCCCCUCCAGAUGCCUUCGAAGGACAGGACCACCUUGACCAGGAAGUUCUACCUCUUUCCGGGCAACUGAAGCCCUCCCUUCCAACUGGGGCCAGUCUCACUUGGGACGCAUCUACACUGUAAAACUGGUUCAGUUUGAUUCCACUUGAAUCCGACUAAAGAUCAGGAGACCUACAUCAAGGCAUUCCACAAAUCCAAAUGAAUUGCUGGGGGAACAAAUGCAUUUUUUGAUUGUACUGACAUGUCUCUUAUUAUAAAAGUUAAAUGUA